UUGUCCUCACGGACAAUAAAAGCAGUCCACAAACAUACAGACGUGUUAUACUGGAAUAAUUUUGCUAUCAUAUUGUGAAUAUUGCUUUUAAAUAUAUAAGACUGGAUGCAGCAUACAUUUUACUUCACGUGAUCUGCGAACCGGAGUGGGGGUCCCAACUGCGCGUGACUUGGCGGAAUAUAACUUCAGAAUCAGCUCUGUACAGUAGUCGAUUUCACGGGAAAAUGACUUGACUGCUUAUUAACAAACGAUCUUUAUAUCAAACAGUUUGAAGACAAGAACAACCAACAGUUGCAGAAGUCUUCUGCACUCAGAUCAUGAAUAUCCAGUCAGCCAUCAGCAGGGAGAUCUUUACCCCACGAAAUGAGAAGUUACUGGUGGUGAUCGAGGUGAGGAAGAGGAGGAAAAGGAGACUGCCCUUCCUUACAGCUGGCCGCAAGCGUGACUAUGUGACCUUCCUCUGCUUGUCAGUUACAAAUAAGAGGCCCACUCAGGUGUUCAUCACCAAGGUGAAGCAGUACAGGGGUUCCCCUCGUUUUGCCAGGCGAUCCCAGUGGUCAGUAGAGAAGCUUCGUCAGGUUGAUGGCAUCAACCCCAACAAGGACAGUCCAGAGUUUAACCUGAUUUUUGAUCACAACUCUGACCAGUGGGUCGCAAGCUCUGUCGCAGAGAAGUGCAUGUUUGUGCAAAUCCUCUACCAUGCCUGUCAGAACUACUGGGAGGCCAAGCUGUGCCAGGGCAGUGUGACUGCCCCUGGAGAUCAGAAGGCCUCUGGGACCUCUGGAGACCAACCCAUGAUUCUAGCAGCAGAGAGCAAGAAGAGCCUUGUUGCUUCACGACCAACUGAGUUCAUCAACUGUCAGUCCAAACUGUUGGGAGAUGCCUGCUCUUUUAACAUGGUUAUCUACCGCUGUAAGAUCUUCCUGAAUCGAAUGAAAAACACAUUGAUUUUGACCCAUGGCCAGCCCCAAAACAGCAGCCAAAAAGACUCAACUGCUAAAGUGUCCAAGCCUAGUCCCUCUCCUCCAGCACCAAGGCACGUGGGCCAUGUUGUUCGGAGGGCAAGCCAGGUGCUGAGUGAGCGCACUGAAGACAGGCCUGCCCGCAUACUUCCUAGAACCAAACAACUUAGUGACGCUGCCCACAAAAUGGCCUUGAAGCAGCUGAAUUAGAAGACCAUUUGCUUUUCCCACUGCGCAGCUGACUGCUUUGCACACUUUUUAAAAAAAUCUCCUUUCCCUCAGAGAUAGCAGUAUUGUGUUUGAGACUCUACUGUCUCUUCUAGGUAUGUGUGGGCUUUUGCUGUUUGUGUGAGAGGCUGCUGUCUAACAGGAUUCUCUCUCAUGCUGUACCUCACUGGCAGUCUCAGAGUGUUGCUGACACUGAAUGCUCUUUGAAUGCUGUGUUGCUAAUGAUGUAUAUCAGCCUUUCUGCCAAAAGAGGGCUGCCUUGCCUUGAAAAAAUGUGCUUUGCCAAGAAAACCUUUUUUGCUCGUGUGAAACUCCAGAAAGCUUUUUGUGUAUUUUAAUAUUUUGUGUCGAUUGAAACUGGACACUUAAUAAUGCUGAAAAUAAUUAAUCAGAUUGAUGUCAUUUGGGCACACUCACGUUGUCAGAUUGUACAUGCAUAUCAUAUGUGUAGUAAAUGCUAUAGUGGUACUGUACAUCCACUCUAAGGAUGUUAACUGCUAGAAUAUGAACACUUAACAUUGAGUGAUGGUAGGGGCUUUUUCUAGAGGGAAUCUUUGCUCCCUUCUAAAUGUAGAGACAGUGUGACUUGUUUAAUGUGACAUUUGCAUUUCUGGGGCAUUAAUAAGAUAAAAAUCAGCUCCUCUUUUUUUUUUUUACGUAAUUAUCUUCUAAACUACAUUGGUAAAGACAUUUGUUUUUAAUGUUUAAACCUUUAUUGUGAUGAAGUAUACUAUGACUUAAAAUAAUUAAAUUUGUCCAUUCUGAUGGGCUGAUGGUCGCAGGGAUGAGUAAAUAGGUAGAAUAGUAUUUGUGAAAAUAGAGCCGGGAUAUUGUUAGCCCAUGUUGAUACAAAAACACUAACAGAUUUUAGAUGAGAAUGUAGACUACAUGUAGACCAUAGCUUUCAAGUAUGAAGUGAGUGUGCAAAUGAAUUGACAUGAGAUUUAGUGUAGUAUUAAAGCAUGCCAAUUGCUGACUGUUUUGCCUUUUGUGGGUGGGUCAGUGAUUGUGCUCACUGCACUGCGGAUUGUGCGCACUUAUCUGCUUCUUCAGGUUGGUGGAAAUAUGUGAUCAUGCAGCAAGAUAUGUUCUAUAUUAUCACCAUACUUUCUUAUGUUUUACCGUCAAUUUCUACACUGUUUAUGCUAUUUCAUGUGCCUUAAAUAUUAAUGUUGGAUUUAUGUUCUAAAACUGGUCCUGGGUCUUAGUUAACUAUAUUCAUUCAUUUUAAUGUCAUUCACAGUGCAGGUUAAUAGUUCAGGGAGAAAGCACCCAUUUAUACAAGGCCAAAGAGCCAGAGAAUGUUUUAUGAGGUAGGCAUGCAAAUAUGGGCAUUGUGCAUUUUGUGUGGUGGUUGUGUUCUCUAAGUCCUAAUAACCUAGUUGUAAUUCCCAUCGUCUUUGUCGGUGUCCUUGUCAGAUCAGGUCCAUGGAAAUUAACCUGGGUGAAUGUUAACACUCUUCUUUUGAUACAGUAAAAGAACUGGUUUACCUCA